AAUUUAAGCCGCAUAUAUGGCUCCCUAUCUGCACUACACUGCUCUGGCUCUUCUCGUCAUCCUCGCUUCUUCUCCACCCUCGGACCAUGUCGUGGCAGCCCCGAGCCACCACCGUCCGGUUGGCAUGAAGUCUCUCCACUUUUCGUUCUUUCAGCAUGAGACGAUAAAUAAGACGGGGUACAUCAUAGUGAACGGCGUCCCGGGGAAAGGAGUUGUCAGCCAGACGACCACGCCUUUCGGCACUAUCUUUGCUUUCCAGGACCCCAUGACCGUCACAGCCAACCGGUCGUCCAAGUUGGUCGGAAUUGCUGAGGGAACCUCUAUCACAUCCAGCCUUGAUGGGCUUCGGAGCAUAUCGAUAGCGAAGAUCACACUCGACUUGAAAGGACACAAGGGCUCGAUUUCAGUGGUUGGAGGGACACAUAACAUCAAGCCUUCUGACCAUCCGGUGGUCGGGGGGACAGGGGAUUUCAUGUUUGUCCAAGGGACGGUGACCUCAUCUCCGGUGGAGCUUGAAGGCCUCACCGUCGUGUACAAGAUUGAGUUUCAUCUUUACUGGCCUCCCUACGCAAUGAAAACCUAAAAUCCUCUUGUAGGUCUCUCCGGUUGUCAAUCGAAUAUUGGGAAACUUAAGGUAGGUGAACGAUGUCGUUGGUUUGCAUAUUGUUGGCUUGUAAUAGAUGUAAUGACUAGAAGAUAUUUUAGCAUUUACUUGGCGAUUUCAAUAUAAAUUUUAUUUAACUAAUUAAGUAGCAAGGCCUAUGUUACGGAAAAUGCAUGUUGUAAUAAAUAAUCAAUUUUUAUCAGAUCACAAUAUUUAUUCUA